CCACUGCUAGAUUAGCACGAUUAAUCGCCUAUCAGUGAGUGUAAUAUUUCAAUUUAUUCUUUCACUGCCUCUCUUUUGCCUGAGUGUACACGAAAAGUGAGCGGGAAUAAUGCCGACAGAGAUUACUGUUAGACUUCACAUCAAUCUGCAGACCAUUUUGCCUUGUCGUCCGUCAGUGUUUUGUGAGCAAUCCCAGUCUUUGUCAAUCCGUGCCAUGGAUGGAUUUAAUUUCAUGAUUUGCUUCCCCACGGAAGCCGAGGAGAAGGAGAUGCUCUCGAAGACGCAAAGCUCUCAAGCGUCCACACCUUUGCGGGCGCCGGAUUAUAAAACCAAUAAAGAAUCGACUAAUAUAAUUCAGAGUCUCCAGUCAGCAGCACUUGAGGAGAGCAUCUCAUCAAAGGAAGAUCUGUUGAGGGUGGAUGGUGAGACUACACAGACAAAUACGCCGGCAAUUAAUCUGCCCAGUCGCACUGAGGGCUUCUUCUCGUCCUUCCGGAAGUCGACAAUGAGGAGAAAGCGCACUCAAGCCGUGAAGAUGAAGAGCACCAAUUGGGCUACUCUGGACAUCCCUUUGAACUCCCCAAUGGAGACAGUUGUCCGGGAGUUGUUGCAGCGCGCGAAGAUCGAGAACGCCACAUGGACGAAACUCGUCGGCGGUCAGAAGAUACAGGUGACCUUCACUGUAGAGAUUGGCCAGAAGUGUGACCGCAUCAAGCAGACGCUCCUGGAGUGGGGAAUUGGCACCCGAGAAGGCUCCACGUUCUCCCUCAUGCCGUGCUACUUCUUUAAUGCCUCGGCGACGACGCCAGCCACUGACUCUGAUGACGCUGUGGAAGACGACAUGCAGAAAGAAGGCGCCUGGGAACGCUUUGUCUCUUCCAUGACGGCACGAUUCAAUGUGGCUCAACUGGUGGAAGAAGUGCGCUACAAUGCAGAACUGCGAUUUGAUUUUGUCUCCCUCAUUGUCAUUGCAUCCAUCCUGGCCGGAUUCGGACUUGUUGAGGACAAUCCCCUCUUCCUGGCCGCCAGCAUGCUCAUCUCGCCACUCAUGGGCCCAAUAAUAGCCGCCACUUUCGGCACUGUGAUCAAGAAUAGGAAACUUCAACGUCUGGGCAUUGUCAAUGAGCUGCUGGGCAUCUUGAUGGCCACUCUUGUGGGUUUCGUUUUUGGAAUGAUAAUUUGCAGUGUCGACAGUCGAUACGGGCUGGGCGAGGGUCUCACGCAGGAAAUGCUGAGUCGAUGUGAACUACACUCUCUGCUCGUGGGUAUUCUCAUAGCCCUCCCGUCAGGGGCCGCCGUGGCGAUCGGCAUCUUGGGAGAGAACAUGGGCUCGCUGGCUGGCGUGGCCAUUUCAGCCUCACUCUUGCCUCCAGCCGUGAAUUCUGGCCUCAUGUGGGCCCUAGCGUGCCUGUACAAGAUCUACGAGGCCGAUGGAGAGCGCUACAACUCCAUCAUCAAGACCAAUUACUACUCCAAUCAUCAGUCAAUCGAGGUGGCCAUCAUGGGAUCCAUCAGCAUGUGUGUCACCAUCACUAAUGUGAUCUCCGUGUACCUGAUGGGCGUGAUCUUCUUGCGCAUUAAAGAAGUAGCCCCCAUCGCCACACAAAACUACCGCAACUUCUGGAAGCACGACGUGAAGAUCGCGCGCGACUACAACAAAACGUGCCAGGCGGCGGACACCACAUUACUGCGACAGAAACUGGCCGAAGAGAUCGCCGGCUUUGAGGCUCAGACUGAUAAUCGCGGCCAGGGCGUCAGGGCGGAAAUUGUGAGAAGACUGACUCAAGGCCCGAUGGCUUCGCUCUACUACCAUCAGCACACAUGGUCACCUCUGACUCACGCGCCACACAAUCGGCCCACGGUUCAGGAAAUCGAGUCGCUCCUCCUGAAGAACAAUCAGCACGCCUCCAAGUACAUCAGUCAUCUCUGCUCACCGCCGCGAAGCAACCCGAGGCAGCAAAUACCAAGGAGGCCAGAGUGCAUCUAUGGACGGCGAUGCUCAAUGCCAUCCUCCAGCGUGAGUUCCUAUCCAAAAGCCAACAUCGCCAAGUUCUUACAUGAUGAAAGGCUCGACUCCAUCGCUGAAACUCCGGGACGCAGUAGCAACAACUCUUCAGAGCGCGGUAAAAGCUUUAUUGUAGUUCCCGUUGAGAAAUAGGAAUAGUAUUAAAAAGAAAAUAUACAUUGAUCAAUUUUUGCACGGAAA